AUGGGUAGCCUGGCCACGACGGCGGGAAGCACACGAGGACUUCGUUCGUCCCCGAAACGCGCGCGCUUCGCCGUUGGGUCGUUCCGAGCGUUGGUCGCACUGGCACGCCGAGAAGCCAACGUCAGUUGUCAGAUGCGCCGGACCGCAGGCGACAAACGGUCUGGAAGCGGCAGGAGUUUAAUAAUGGCAGCGAAGAAGCAAAGGUCAGGGACCCGAAGCCGUGGGCGGAUUCCGACCCCGGAUGGGAACCUGCCGUGGCCGAGUCCAAUUCCGGACGGAAGCCCAUGGGUCGCUCGACUUGCAGCUCCUGUCAUUUGGCACAGACAGGCGGUGCAACCGCGCGCGAGCUGGACGAGGAGGAGGGUGCGGCACUCGGUAUCUGGUACAUUCGUACGCCCUCGCACAACCGCGGGUGAGCUCGCCAUGGGAUGCUGGGCGGCCGCUGUCGCUGGACCAAACGACAGCCGGCGUCCCAGCUACCAGGAAGCGGGUCGACUAUCCACGAUCCGUCAGAGGCUUAAUUAUGCAGUCAGCCAGUGUCGACUCGCCCUGAGGAAUCACUACUAA